AUGAAAAAAAAAAAAAAAAAUAGUGUCACUCAGGAAUUUUUUUUUUCUAACCUUUCCCCCCCCCCUUUUUUUUUUCUUUCUUUCUUUUUUUUUUUUACUAGUGAUCUUUCUCAUAUUCCACAUGACUUGAAACAAUGUCUUGAUGCUGCUCUCUCUCAAGAACCAAAUGACUUGGAACAACAUUUACCUUUUAUUAGAGAUGCCAUUCUUCAACUUUUACAAGGUCUAAAACGUAAACAAGCUCUUUUACAUGAACCUGCACAAUCACCGAUAGCAAAUAAACUAACACCCUCUAAUUCAAGUGAUCUUGACAUGAUGGAUCCAAAUACCCAACAAGCCUUUACUCAAUUACGUGAAGAUGACGAUUUGGCAAAAAGCUCUUCUAUACGAAAAAAUGUCGAUGAUAAUAGUUCACCUAUCAUGCCUCUAUCACCCAACCAUAACAACAAUAAAGAAUAUAUGAUCUUUCUUCAGUGGAUGAAUCGAACAAAACGUGUCAAGAUCUUACAACCAUUGGAAACUAUGCCUCAAUUACUUGAUCUCUUUCGGUGUACCUUCAAGAAUACCAUACCCGACAACAAUGAUGCAGUCAAGGUGACAAUUUUGGAUAAUGAAACAAAUAUUAUGUAUGAUUUGGAUGAUAUCACUUCUAUUGGCCCCAAUACAUUUCUCUCUCUUGAUGCCCUGGUGAUCAAUAACAGUAACAAGAAUGUCAUGAUGGAUAUAGUACAGCAAGCAUUCAAGAAACAAUUUGAUCAAUGGACUGGAUUUGCUUCUAUAUCGACCAAUAAACAAGAUACUGAUAAUCCUUCUAUUGUGGAAUCACCUACUAAUAUCAAUAGUCCUUCUUCUCCUCAUGUGGAUACAACUGUACCUGACAAUUCUACAAUAUCUCAACAAGUUGAUAUGAUUCAACACAUUAGAAAAGAUUUUGAUAUUUUACAAAAAGCAAUCAAGGACCAACAACAAUUGAAUGAAACUAUGAUACAACACAUAAUAACUCAACAAAAGGAAGAUACUAAGCAAGAUAUGAUCCGAGAACCAUUACAAGAAAAGGGACAAGCAUUGACCAAUAAAAUGGAAGCACUUCAAGAUACUAUUGAUGAUAUGAAACAAGAUGUGACGCAACGACGCUGCCGACCAUCACCAAAUCAACUGGAGUAUUGUCAUAAUGAAAGCAAAGCUGUGCAGGAAAUGAUUCAAUCUCUUGGUGAUCAUCUCAAACAAUCGAAACCCCAAUGGAAAAAGGCAUGGGAAGAACAAUUACAACGUAUUGUGGCAGAACAACAAUGUGUGAAGGAAUAUGAGCAUUUAGUGAUGGAUCUGGAAGAGGACCAUUUAGCCAUAGAACAAGUCUUGCAGCAUUUAACACAAGUCUCAGAACUACAAAAACGACAUACACCUUCACUCAAAGUUCAUCCAUCAGGUGGAAGUAUGGGCGAUGUCUUUCAACAAUUACAAACCAUCGAUGUGGAUCAUGAAAAAAGAUUGGAUGCUUUGGCUCAAGCGGAAAAACGACGGGCACGUGAUAUGGCGAAUCGAAUCGAUGAUUUUGAAAAGGAAUUGAUCAUGUUUGUCGAUAAGAACAAGCUCAAGAAAACCGGUGGAGCUGAACAACUAGAACGACAACAACAACAAAAGACGCGGCAAUUAUUAAUGGAUUUGUAUGACAAGGACACAUGAUUUUUUUUUUUGGUCCCUGGAUUCUCCCCCAGUUAUGACGUAUCAUUUGCAUAUUGUUGUAUUUCUCCUCUUUUAUUAUUUGACGGAUUGAUUUGUUUAGACUGACAGUAUCCCCCUUUUUUUUUUGAUUCGUUUAUGGUAGUGACUCCUAUUUGAAAUAAACUGUUUUUCCCC